GUGGGAAAUCCUUCCUUUCUCUCCACCCGGCCAUCUUGUCUGCUGCUUUCGGUUGGGAGCCCUCCCGCACCUAAGGCAGGAAGAUGGUGGCCGCCAAGAAGACGAAAAAGUCCCUGGAGUCGAUCAACUCCAGACUUCAACUUGUGAUGAAGAGUGGAAAGUACGUGCUGGGGUACAAGCAGACGCUGAAGAUGAUCAGACAGGGCAAAGGGAAAUUGGUCAUCCUCGCCAACAACUGCCCAGCCUUGAGGAAAUCUGAAAUAGAAUACUAUGCCAUGUUGGCAAAAACUGGUGUCCAUCACUACAGUGGCAAUAAUAUUGAACUGGGUACAGCAUGUGGAAAAUACUACAGAGUAUGCACACUGGCUAUUAUUGAUCCAGGUGAUUCUGAUAUCAUUAGAAGCAUGCCAGAACAAACUGGAGAAAAGUAAAGAGUGCACAAUUUUUCUUUAAUAAAACUUUCCAGAGCUGUUUCAAAAACA